UUUCUCGCACGCUGUGCUUCCACCGCGCAUAGCAUCGGAUACGCGCAGAGCAUGGAUGAUGAUUCCGAUUCGUUGGUCAAAACCCGAGCGAAGCGCCAGAGGCCCGAUAAAGCAGGCAGAUUCGCCGCGCUCGAAAGACUCAAGCAAGUCAAGCAAGGAACACGGAGCAAAUAUGAGCUCAAAGAAGAAACUUCAGUUUAUGAUGAGGUGGACGAGAACGAAUAUUCCCGUCUCGUACAGGAACGUCAAGAGGAGGACUGGAUCAUUGACGAUGAUGGAACUGGUUACGUAGAAGAUGGGAGAGAAAUAUUCGAUGAUGAUGUUGAUGAAGCGGAUUUCAACGCUCCCACGAAAGCAAAAGCAGCUGCCAAGAAUUCCUACCGGCCUCCAAAUGCUAAGAAACCUGGGGAAAAAGCUGGCACCAUUGCAGCCAUGUUCAGUGCACAACAGCCAAAGAAGAAAACAGAGAAGAACAUCACGGUGAAUGAUGACGAACUUAUCAACAGCAUUUUCAAUUCAGUUACAAACAGGAGUAGUACAGAAAUUUCACCAGCUACCCAGUCCUUCAGGCCAAAAGAGAGAAUUGUACAGCAACCAUCGACAUCAAGGUCACCGCUCAACCCGUUUGCCAAGGAUAAACCCAAGAGCCAGCCUAUGAGGGAAUCCUUCAAGCCACGUACCAUCAAUUAUGAAAAUGCCGACACCAGCAUGCACACUAAACUAAAAACCCGCGUCAAGGAGGAGCCGGUUGAUAUAGAUGAGUUUUACAGUGAAGAUGUCAUGCAAGACAGUCCAAACAUUGACGAGGACUCCCCUGCUGAUGCAGCAGUCAAGUCUGAAGAUGAAGAUUUCUCAUGCUUUGCUGAUGAAGGAGACAAUGACUUUCUAGCAGAAGUGGCAAGUGGAACGGUCAGCACAGAAACCAAAGUUAGCACCAGAGAAGAGGCUAAGACUGGUGUCAAAAAGGAGACGGCAAAGGAGGUGGACAAUGGCUUCCCACAAUGGAAUGGUCUGCAUGCGAGUGAGGUGGUGCCAUCUGCUGAGAUUUGCCUGGAUGGUUUACCAGUUGUAGAAAAUGAAGAGGGUGAAAGCGUUGUGCAGUUCUUCUGGCUCGAUGCUUUCGAGGACUACUUCAAAAAUCCAGGCACGGUUCACAUGUUUGGAAAAGUUAGAAUUCCGGAUUCCAAAACACAUGUCAGCUGUUGUGUCACAGUUCGAAACAUUCCUAGGAGAUUGUUCCUGUUACCAAACGAAUCGGCAUCUGAUGACACAGAAGAAAUGGCACUUAUGAAAACAGUCUAUGACGAAUUCACACAAAUCGCCGAGAAGCACCGGAUUGAAGAGUUCAAGACCAAGGUGACCACAAAGCUUUAUGCCUUUGGUAAAAAGGGUGUACCAAUGGAAGCCAGGUAUCUGGAAAUCCUGUACCCUGCUCGCUAUCCUGCACUGCCUAGUGAUUUGACUGGGAAGACCUUCAGUGCUGCCUUUGGUAUGAACACGUCAAGCCUGGAAGCUCUGCUCAUUAACCAGAAGCUAAAAGGGCCUUGCUGGCUUGAGCUUAAGAAUCCAUCAUCUUCAAGCGCUCCAGUCAGCUGGUGCAAAGUAGAGGUUGUGUUGAACAGGCCAGAGGAUGUCGUGGUGUCUAAGGCAGAGGCUCCACCACCCCUUGUUGCAGCGACCCUCAGUGUGCGAACGGUCCAUAACCCGGUCACAAGUCAGAAUGAGAUUGUCGCUGUGUCUGUGCUGGCUCAUCAUGCUUUUCCCAUUGACAAGCAGGCACCCCAGUCUCUAUAUCAGACUCAUUUCUGCGCGCUUACCAAGCCGUCUGGUACACUUUUCCCAUGCCGUUUUAUGAAUGACGUAGCACGCUUCAAGGGCACCUCUCUGGAAGUGAUGGACUCUGAACGUUCUCUGUUGACUUUCCUCAUUGCCAAGCUCCAACGGUUGGACCCUGACAUUUUAAUUGGCCAUGACAUUCAGAGCUUCGAUUUGGACGUACUGCUUCAUCGCAUGCUUACGCUGAAGAUUUCUAAUUGGUCUCGUCUGGGAAGGUUAAAGCGUGGAAAUGCUGGUGCCCUGGGCAAGACAACGGACCGACAGAUUACACCCGGUCGCCUUGUGUGCGAUGCCAAGGUGUCUGCCAAAGAGCUGGUGCAGUGCAAGAGCUACGACUUGUCCGAGUUGGUCAGGACUUUGCUACGUAAGGAACAUGUUCCCCUCACAGCUGAGCAAGUCCUGGACAUGUACAGAGAUUCUGGCCAGUUGUUGAGACUAGUGGAGCACACCAUGAUGGAUGCCCUCUACUGCCUGCGAGUCGUCAGUGAGCUGAAUGCUAUUCCCUUGGCAUUGCAAAUAACAAACAUUGCUGGAAAUGUCAUGUCCAAGACAUUACUGGGAGGCAGGUCGCAAAGGAAUGAAUACCUUCUGCUGCAUGCAUUCAGCGAUCGCAACUACAUAUGCCCCGACAAGGUGUUCAAAAAACAGGGCACCAAGGUGCAUAUUAACGAGGAAGAUGGGGAUGAGGCUGAGCAUAUGACUGCCAGCAAGAAAUCCAAAAAGGGCCCUUCCUAUGCUGGUGGCCUGGUGCUUGAACCAAAGAAAGGUUUUUAUGACUCAUUUAUUCUGCUGAUGGACUUCAACAGUCUGUACCCAUCCAUCAUUCAGGAGUACAACAUCUGUUUCACAACUGUUAGUGUUUCUGGCAGCGAUGAGGCAAAGGAUGAAGACUACAUUCCGAAAUUGCCUAGCCCUACGUUGGAGCAAGGCGUACUGCCUUCUGAAAUUCGAAAGCUUGUUGAAAGAAGAAGGCAAGUCAAGUCAUUAAUGAAAGGGGCUGAAGGCGACUCUGAGUUGUACCAGCAGUACGACAUCAGGCAGAAGGCGUUGAAGCUGACGGCUAACAGCAUGUACGGAUGCCUGGGAUUCUCAAACUCUCGUUUUUAUGCGAAGCCUCUCGCAGCACUCAUUACAAGCCGAGGCAGAGAGAUCCUGAUGCAGUCCAAAGAACUUGUCGAAAAGAUGGGCUUUGAAGUCAUCUACGGAGACACAGAUUCUAUUAUGAUCAAUACGAACUCGAGGGACCUGAAGGAAGUCACAAAACUGGGGAAUAAGAUUAAAGCAGAAAUUAACAGAUUCUACAAGCAGCUCGAGAUAGACAUUGAUGGCAUCUUCAAGUCAAUGCUGCUUUUGAAGAAGAAAAAGUAUGCUGCAGUAUGCAUCACCUUUGGACCCAACAACGAGCCAAUCGAAACCCAGCAGCUGAAAGGAUUGGAUGUGGUGCGCCGUGAUUGGUCGGAGAUAGCAAGGAAAACGGGCGUGUUUGUGAUCAACCAAAUCUUGUCGAACAGCUUGAGGGAAGAAAUAGUAGAUAAGAUCAACACUCACCUAAUGCAGCUUGCCACCAAAAUCCAGGAAAAUUCACUUCCACUGUCCGAUUACUGCAUCACAAGGCAACUCACCAAAAAUCCUGAGGAUUACCCAGACAAAAAAAACCUGUGCCACGUUCAAGUUGCUAUGCGGCUCAACAGCAAAGGCGGCAAGAAGCUGCGCCACGGCGACACUGUCACCUACAUCAUAUGCAACGAUGGCAGCCAACUGCCAGCAUCACAGAGAGCUUACCAUCCAGAAGAGUUGAAGACUAAUGAAAACCUUUCCAUAGAUAAGCACUACUACCUUUCUCAACAAAUCCACCCAGUUGUGGCCAGGAUAUGUGCUCCCAUUGAGGGAACAGAUGCUGCCAUGAUUGCAGAAGUCCUUGGCUUGGACCCGCACCAGUACCGGAAUCACAGCUACAAUAGAGACGAUGACCCUGGUGCCAAGCUGAGCAUGGCAAAGACUCUUAACCUGAAUGAUUACAAGGAUUGCCAGAGGAUCAGCUUUGGCUGCCCUGUUGACAACUGCAGUUCCACACUUACAGUGGAACACAUCUUUGAAGGAACUGGAAAGAACCUGACAUUUAGUCUUGCGACAUGUCCUGGUUGCAAGACUGACCUGUCCAGCUACAUAAACGCUCUCUGCAAUCAAAUGACUUUGCUUAUUCGAUCGUUUAUACAGAAGUUUUACCUGGGCUGGCUUGUCUGUGAAGACUCUGGUUGUGGGCACAGAACCCGGCAGGUGCCGCAGACCUUCGCAAAGUCCGGCCCUGUUUGUGUGGCGUGCCAACGAUCAGUCAUGCUACCUGAGUACAAGGUAUCAGAUCUCUACAGACAGCUGACCUACUUCAGCAAGCUCUUUGACUUCUCCAGGGCGCAAGCAACUCUUUCAGAGAUCGAAAAGAGGCUGCCAUGCGUGACGUGUCCAGAGACCGAGCGGACCUGUCGUCACUUGCAGCAGGUGGCCAAGAGGUACCUGUCGCGCAGUGCAUUUAGCGUCGUGUCAAUGCGGGACUGUUUCCGCGACACUUUCCGGCCGUUCGACCUGCGAGCCAGCCGAGCCGCCAGUGAAGGGGCACUGCUCGACUAAGCCUCUACACCGGUAGCACCUCACCAGACAGUGUGCACUACAGUGGUAGAUCUGCGCUCCUCUGCGCGCUAGCAGUACGCUGUCUUGGCGGUUACAUCUGGUUUACAUGGUGGCCUGUAAGCGACGAUCACUGGUAGUGCAUUUAUGUCGACCCAUCAUCAGCUCAUUGUAUGCAGCUGACUCUAUAUGCUCACCAUGCGCAGCCCGCCAUUGCCUUUCAUGCGGUUGUGACUUAAACCAAUGAAAGGUAACGUAUUUUAUACAGCGUUUAUAUAGCGUCGCUGAAAUUUUUGUUUUUCAUUUUGUCCUUCACUGCGUUGAGUGUUUAGCUGCAUGGUACCACACAAGCUUUUGCCUUACUCCCAGCCCAGUGGCUUUCGAUAGCUUUUUGGGGUGGCUUGUUGGUCGACUGCUCUUCGAAACUGUAUCGCGAUUCUGUCAGCAGGGCUCUAGCUGGGUUUUGUUGUAUAAAGUGUAGACAUUGUGCAACCACUGUCGACCAAACUUGUGAACGCAAGAAGUAAUGACGAUGUCCUUAUUUGUGUACGGUUGUAUUCGUAAAUUUUAAUGGGGUGUGGCUGUUUAGUUUAAAAGUGUUUUAAUUACUUUAUAAACUUGCCGUGGACUGUGUUUUACGAGUAUAAUUAUAGUUUACACAAAGACUCACGGGCAUCUCCGAAGUUGCGAUGUACGCUCGAAAACUCAACCCGCCAGUGUGAGUGCCCCGAUUUUUACAUUUUCGCCAGUAUCGAGCGUUUGGAAGCAGUGUUUUUCCGGUUUAGUAUUUAUGACUGCGUGAUUUAGCAACUUACAGAUAUAUCUUUAUGUACGGUGUCUGCGGAUAAGCGCGUUCUUUUAACCCUGCAGUCCGUGUCUGUUUUACAAUAUGUUUUUUUUGUUCUGUUUUGAAAUGUUGCUUCAAUGUACAAUGACUGUAAUAUACGAAGCGCGAAUGCAUUUGUAUCGAUAAUUUCUCACGCCACGUUAGUUUUGAUGUUACAGAUGUUGCAUGCUUAUGUCGUGUGAAGGCUGGCUCAGAAUCAAAUCGGACGUCACUUGAGUGAUUCGUCCGCUAUCACGUUCGUCGUGUAAACACAGCUUUAGAGACAGAUGAAAUGUGCUGAACGGGCAUACUUAAAUAGUCAAAAUUCACCUUGUCACAAACUCGUCGACUGUGACAGCAGGUUUGCUCUUCCUAAAUAAUAAUUUCUAACAUUGCCGUAUGCGCCAUAAAUUUUUUAAGGUGUCAAUACAAAAAUGAAUAAGCCUUGUGUCUACUUCCGCCAUGUCAGGCAUUAAUCGUCAUCAUCGUGACGCUACUCGGUGUCGAAUUCGUGCGGUACGGUUAAUUAUGAAGUCGAUGCGUCGUGAGAGCUGAAGGUCUAGCUAUAGUACUUGAAGUGGGGGCGAAAGGGGCGUUUGUUUGACUUCAAUAAUGUUAUUAAUAUGCGGGCUCUUACGUAUUGAAACCACAAUGUGAUUAUGAGCCACGCCGCUGUAAAGGGCUCCGGAUAUUACGACCAUUAUGGCGUUCUGACACAUGCCCACAACAAAACAGUCUUAUUUCACUGUAGAGUCUGUCCAAGUUAACCAAAACGUCAUCAAACGCCCAAGGCUAGACCCCAUUAAAGGGGUACUGACACGUUUGGAGGGGGGCGAGUUCACACUGCCUUACAAAUCUCCUGUUACAGAGACGACUCUCAGCAAGUGUGACGCUCAGCAAUUGCUGAUAAGAUAUUUAACUUUUAAAAUAAAGUCAAUUUUCUCGUGGCGCGCCUA